AAACCCACCCUUGUUCCUCCCGGGAGAGGCUGGCACCACUGGCAUGCUGGCAGGUAGGCUGCCAAAGCAAAGUCUGCACAAGAAACUUGCCUUCUUUUGCAAAGCUUUUGUAUCAGUAGUUUUGGGAAAGUUUUGCAAUCACUCUAAGAAGGAAAUCCAGGGUUUAAAAAUCACGCAGUGGAGUGCUCCACUUAUUGGAGUAGGCAGCGCUCUGGCUGUGACGUUGCACUGGCUUCAAGCCUGAAGGCCGCAGGGCACAGGAACGAAACAGCCUGACACCGCAGUGACACAAAGUAAGUUCUCCCUCUCUGCCUCUCGCCAUUUCUCUUCACUCUCCCUUCCUGCCUCUUGCCAUGUUUUUAUUGUUUGUUUAUUUGUUUAAUUGUUAGGUGCUGGUGCAGGACACACUGGGCAUUUUUGUAUAUCCCAGUGCACUAAACCUGGAGGAGAUUAUGUAAAGUGCAAAGGAAACCCUACAUAUCAGAUCUGGAGGAAGGAAACCAUGGACAGAACAAUCACUGCUGGCAAACUUAAAGACAAGUCACUGUUCCAAGACAACAACAGCAGCACAGGCCCUGCUAAGACCAUGUGCCGUAAUUGCUCAAAGCUAAAGAUAUUUCUUGGAGCACUAGCUUUUUCCUUUUUUGCCAAAGGAUUUUCUGGAAGCUACAUGAAGAGCAUGUCCAGUCAAAUUGAAAGGAGAUUUGAAAUCUCAUCAUCAAUUGUUGGCAUAAUUGAUGGCAGCUUUGAGCUAGGCAACUUAAUGGUAAUGCUGUUGGUGAGCUACCUUGGACCAAGAGUUCAUCGACCAAAAGUGAUUGGUGUAGGAUGUCUCAUCAUGUCCUUGGGAGCAUUUUUGUCAGUGAUGCCUCAAUUCCUAAUGGGACGUUAUAAUUAUGAAAGGAUAACUGUUACUGGAGACAACUCCUCUACAAGUGUGUCAGCUUGCUCCCCAGCAUUGUCUGAGGGCCAUCCAGUCACAGAUGCUACGGAAACACUCAUCUCAGUGAAAAAUUUUGGAUGUGAGAAAACAACAAAUUCCUAUCUGUGGCUCUUUGUGUUGAUGGGGAACCUUUUACGUGGAAUUGGGGAAGCACCAAUUAUGCCUCUGGGGGUUUCAUAUAUUGAUGAUUUUUCUAAAGAAGAAAACUCAGCAUUUUACAUAGGACUGGUGAGAUCCUCAGGCAUGUUUGGCCCAACUCUAGGCUUCCUGCUUGGAUCGUUCUGUGCCAGCCUCUGGGUUGACAUUGGAGUUGUGGAUAUUGAUGCCAUCAGUAUAAAUCCCAGAGAUACUCGUUGGGUUGGUGCUUGGUGGCUUGGAUUGCUUAUCUGUGGAGCAGUCAACUUCAUUGCUUCAUUACCUUUUUGGUUUUUACCUUACUCCCUAACAAAAGAAGGAGAGAAUGAAGACCUGAAGAUUAGUCAUUUGUCUAUUCAAGAUCACUGUAAAAUAGAUCCUCCAUCUCAGCCACAAUUAAAGUUCUCAGAGGCAGUAAAAGAUUUCUUCCCAGCUCUGAAGAAGCUGUUCAGAAAUCCGGUUUUCUUAGUAUACAUCUUUCUCACUAUCCUGCAGUACAACUCUCUUGUUGGGAUAAUAACCUAUGAGACAAAGUUCAUGGAGCAGCAAUUUAAUGUAUCAGUGGCAAAAGCCAUCUUUCUAAUUGGUGUGGUACUUUUGCCUGUCACAAUCCUGGGGAUGUUUCUAGGAGGCUUUCUAAUCAAGAAAUUCAAACUUCACAUAACUGAAAUGGCAAAGUUCGCCUGCAUCACUUUUAUACUAGCAUAUUUGUUAAACCUCUUAUACUUUACAUGCAGUUGUGAGGUGCUCCAAGUGGCUGGCUUGACAGUGCCCUACUCUGGAUUAAAGCAUCAUUCCUCCUCUAAAAAUGGUUUCAUGGCUAGUUGCAAUGUGGGCUGCAGCUGCAAAGUGGAUCAAUGGGACCCUGUAUGUGGGGAUAAUGGGAUCACUUACAUGACAGCCUGCUUUGCUGGAUGUAAAUCAUCAGUUGGGAUGGGAAAGAAUAUGGUGUUUCACAAUUGCAGCUGUGUGGAAGGACAAGGGCAUGGGCUCGGCAAUUCCUCUGCAGUUUUGGGACAAUGCCAAAGAGGAAGCUGUGCCAAAACAUUUCCCUAUUUUUUAGCAUUACAGACUGCAUGUGCAUUUAUUUUAGCCUUAGGAGGCACUCCUACAUACAUGAUUAUGUUUAGAUCUGUUUCACCAGACCUGAAAUCCUUUGCUGUUGGGAUCGAGACCUUAGGUGGUAGAGUACUAGGAGGACUCCCAGCCCCUAUUUAUUUUGGUGCCUUGAUAGAUGAGACCUGCUUGAAAUGGGGGACAAAAUCCUGUGGGGGAUCUGGAUCCUGCCGGGUAUAUGACACAGAAGCAUUUAGAAAUGUUUAUCUUGGCCUCAUUGCAGGACUACGGGCAGGAUGCUGUCUCUUAUACAUAGUGCUCUCUGUUUUAAUAAUGAAACACUUCAAACCAAAUGGCAUAGAGAUGACAGAUAUGAAAACUAAGCAGAGAUCAACAGGCAAAGAACCACCUAGUGCCAACAAAAAAGAAGUGCUUCCUGGUUCAAGAACCUCAGUGGACAGCGAGGAAACUUUUAUGUAAAGAAGAGGCAACGUCUUUUCAACUUUACCUAUGCUUCAUUUUUUUUCUAAGCACAACAGGAGUCUAAUUACUGACUUUAACAGCUAAUUUACAUUUUUGGGGCUCCAAAAAAUGUCUAUGAAGCAUUGACUGUUAAUUUGCUUUGCCCUAUCCUUUUCCUCUCUAUAUUUGAAACAAUAAGGGGAAAAGAUUUUUGAAAAUUUAGGAUCUCUCCCACCCUUUUACUCUCAGUUCCUUCCUAGAUCAACAGUAGGUCUAGCCAAAUUUUUCAAAGUGACAUAUAAUUGAUUGUGAUUGAAAAAUUAAAAAGAAGAAAUCCCUGAUAAGUUUCUUUUCCAUUUUCCGCCAACUUUAUUUAAUUUUUUCUUGCUCUGUAUUUAGUCCUACAGAUGUAAAUGUCCCAAUCGAUCUGAUGGCCGUUGAGCAUGGUUCAUGACCAGAGGUCUGUGUUUCAGACUGGGUCCCAUGGAACAUGCUCAGGCAAGAGCACUAGGGUCAUCAGUGAAUGCUCUCUGAACAAGACCUGGGUAACAACUCUGGGGUUUGGCUUGAUCAAACUACACAAUCAAAAUUGAAGGCAAACAAAAGAAAGAGAUGUAUUAAUUUUGCAGCACGUUUCAGUGUUGAGUUUGAGUAAACUUACUCCAAACUGAUGCAAUAAAGUGAUAAAUGUUGACA